ACACCAUCUCCGGUAAAAAGAUCAAAAGAUCCCAAACAAUGCUUUCAAUAUUUGGAUCGGUCCAUAUCUUGGCUGUGGUGGCCAUACAACUCCUAAUUAUACCAAGUGUUUCAUCCCUUAACCUUACAAAUGCGUAUUUGCACCACAAAUGUAACAACACCGAAGGAAAAUAUAGCUACGGGAGUGCUGCGUUUGAGAAAUAUAUCAACUUAGCUCUCCGUGCCAUGGAUUCAGACAAUUUUCUCAAUGGUUUCGGCUUUAUUGAGAGAGGUGAGGAUCCCAAUAAAGUCUUCGUCAUGUACCAAUGUCGCGGUGACUCCUACGGGUCUAAGUGCCAAUCCUGCAUAAGCGCUGCCGUCUCAGGGCUUCGUAGGAGAUGUCCAAGAAACAAGGGGGCAGUAAUAUGGUAUGACCAAUGUCUUUUUGAGAUAUCUACGAUCAACUCCUUCAAUAAGAUUGAUUACGAGAACGAUUUCUAUUUGUCAAACCCGAAAAACGUGAAUGAUAAGGAGUUGUUCAACAAAGAGACGUCGGCUCUCUUGGUGGAGCUAACAAAUAAAGCCACCGAUAAAAAUAACAUGGUAGGGAAUCAAUUUGUGCUGUACGCGGCGGGGGAAAAGAGAAUUGGAACGAAGAAUGUGUAUGCAAUGGUGCAGUGUACGAAAGACUUAGUGACUACAACUUGCGCUGCGUGUUUCGAAUGGAUUUUCAAGAUGUUUUCAAAGUGCUGUGAUGGAAAGCGAGGAGGGAGAGUUUUGGGUACGAGCUGUAACUUUAGGUAUGAGUUAUAUCCCUUUCUUAGAAAUUAACGACUGUACAGUGAGAGCUCUAUAUUAAACGAAAGGGGUCCAGAGUCAAAAUACGGUCUUAUACUUUGGUAGUUGUUUUGGACGAAUAAAUGUAUUUCCUCUUUGUAAUUUCUUUUGUUAACAUGCAUAACUCAUUUAAAGAAGAAGAAGUUAUAUUAGGUUUUAAAACAAACUAAUUUGAGGAAUCAUAGUAUUUAUAAUACCCUAACGAUCUAAUCCUAGAAAAAUGAGGCCAUAUUUAAAAAGGUACCGGUGUUCUAGUAUCUUCGUCCCACUAAAUAUCACCCUUUCACCCGAAUGAGGAGGCCAAAAGGAAAGGAGAAGCUCAUACGCCCUAAAAACAUUUAGUAAUUCUAAAUCUGAAAUGAUCUUCAAAAUUUGGUUUAAGGUGAAUUAGGUAACCAGAAAAUGAUAUAGCAACUAUUGUUAUAAUUCGUAAUUCAAAUGUUAUUCAGCCUUUAGCUUCCAAGGCUGGCUUCAAAAUC